AUGACCUCUACCUCGAAUACACCUUUUGCAACACCUGCGACCUCUAAUCCCAACACCAGACCGCCUACUCCUACUCCGUCCGCCACUCCCACGGGAACAACUGUUCCUGCCGAUAACGAUCUCCGAGAUGAUAGCUCAAAGCUAAGGACAUUCUUGGGCCUGUUGAAAAAGUUUAUCGGUGUAUCAGACAUUGCAAAUGUUCGCUUUUCAUUGCCUUCGCAGUUGAUAGAACCUAUACCGAACCUAGAAUACUGGCACUACUUGGAUAGGCCGGAGACUUUUGUCAGUAUAGGAAGAUCAGACGAGCCUCUUGGUCGCAUGUUGGAAGUCCUACGCUUUUGGUUCACCAAAGAUCUGAAAUACGUGAAAGGCAAGCCUUGCAAACCCUAUAAUUCGACGCUGGGAGAAUUCUUCAGGUGUCACUGGGAAGUCAAUUCCGACGCGCCGCCUAUAUCUAAUCCAUCCAAAGCACCGCCUCAGCCUUCUGUCGAUCCUACCGAGCCGCAGGCCAAUGGCAACACCAGCGAGGAGCCGGUCCGAAUAUCCUUCCUCACCGAACAGACCUCACACCACCCGCCCGUGUCAGCAUAUUGGUAUGAGUGCCCUUCUCGCGGCAUCAUUGCCCGAGGCUACGACCAAAUCUCUGCCAAGUUUACAGGCACAUCUGUUCGUGUGAUUCCGGGUGUCUACAACAGGGGGAUUUUCGUUACCCUUACACAGCGGGACAAUGAAGAAUACCAACUCGUCCACCCGGCCGCUUCCUUAGGGGGCCUCCUUCGCGGCUCCCUGUACAUCUCGGUCGCGGACACAUGUUCUAUAACCUGUCCCAAGACGAGGCUAAAAUGUCUCCUUACAUAUGUGGAGGAAUCCUGGUUUGGCAAGGCGCAGAACCGGGUCCAUGGUCUUAUUUUCCGCUAUGACCCAUCUGACGACAAAUAUACGCGGGUUAAGGACGUGCCCGAGAAGGACAUCCUGGCGAAACUUGAAGGAUGUUGGCAAGAACAAAUCGUGUAUACGAUUCCGAACAGCGCAGCAGUCAAGGAGACGCCUAAUAUCGAACCAACUUCUGACAAGCAACUCCUCAUUGACCUGCAGCCUUUGUUCCCGGUGCCCAAAUCCUGCCCCCCGCCGCACGAGCAACUGCCGCAUGAGUCUCGCACAUUCUGGGCCGAGGUUACCACCGCAAUCAACGAAAAGCGCUACUCGGACGCAACAAGGAUGAAACAGGAUUUGGAGCAGGCCCAGCGAGACAAGGCUGCAAAGAGGAAAGACCUGAAUGUCGAGUUUAAGCCGAGGUUCUUUACUUCGCCCACCGAGCCGAAUGGGAAGCCUGAGUUGACCGAGUAUGGGAAGGAGGUAUUGGCCGGGCUGGAGAAGAAAGAAUAUGGGAUCGACUUUGUGCCGGAGCCAGGGAUUGAUGCUGACACAUAG